CGCCACGGUAAAUUAUUAAAGGUUUUCGUCAUAAGUGCCGAGGAACAAACCCUCACGCCCUCCUCAAAACCUCAACGUCUUCUCGUCCUCCUCCUCCGCGCUGCGACGAGGCACCAAACUUCACCAUCAUCUCUUUUGCCUUCCUCAACACCCGCGGAAAUAUUCGAAAAGUUUUGUGUUGCAGAGAAAACGGAACUACUUGGAUUUCAAUAUUUGAUCUGUGUCAAUGUUUAACCUCUGGACUAACUCAAGUUUUGAAUCGAAGGUGCUGCUGCUGUCCGCACGUGCCACGAUGAGCGACUCCAUGGGUGGCGGCAGCAACGGUGAUGGUAGUGGUGCAUCGCCGCCACUUACGCUGGAGGCAGUGCCGUCGCUGAUAAGCGGCGGCAACCCCACGCAGGCGCCACGUUACGGCACCGUUAUCCCCAAUCGCAUCUUUGUUGGAGGCAUCGACUUCAAGGUAAAUGAAGCUGAACUUAAGAAGUAUUUCACUCAGUUUGGUGUUGUUAAAGAUGUCAAGAUCAUAAAUGACAGGGCUGGAGUCUCCAAAGGUUAUGGAUUUGUCACAUUUGAGUCACAAGAGGAUGCACAGAAGAUACAGCAAGAGGCUGAAAAAAUUAUGUAUAAGGACAAAAAGCUCAACAUUGGCCCAGCCAUUCGAAAACAGCAAGUCGGCUUCCCACAGUUUCCUCUAACUCCAGCAUCAGGGAGUAUGGUCCUCACAACCUCAACAGGGCAGCCUUUCCUCUUUCACAAUGGCGUGGCUUAUUUCCAACAACCUGAUGCUAUGCCAGUCCAAAUGCCUAUUCAACAGCCCCAGACAUACUAUAGUCAUCAACCUAUGCUCAUACCAUCACCCCAAGCAUCACCCGUGUUUCAACAGCCUGCCUACUCUUAUCAGCAGGCUCCCCCUUCUCAGUGGCAAACUGGCCAGUGGCUCUGGAGUCCGCCUCAAGCUCCACCAUCGCCAGUGAUGUACAUGCAGCCCCAAGAGAUGAUGUACCAUCAGUCCUUGAACAUCCCCACUGAUGGAGGCAGUUCCCCUGCCGGCCCUAUAAUCACAGAUGUUUCAAUCUCAGAGCGUUACACAGAUCAUACGAUGCAGGCUGCUUACCACCAGACACACUUGCACCCGCCCAACAACAUGCAAGUGGCCAUGGUGGCCCAAGACCACAUGAAGGAUACCAAGAUGUAUCACAUGAGACGGGUCUACGGUACAUCCCAGCAGGGCGCUGUCAAAUCGCGAAUGUGGCGCAAUGCCACCGGCUUCCGCCACCGACGAGAUUUACGAAUGGAACAAGGAAUCCUCACCCCCCCGCCGACGCCAACGGAAGGUGGCCAGUGAGCGCACGCACUGUGCUGCACGCUGUGGCCACACUUGAUCGACUCGAGACACGCAGCACAAUGAAAAAUAUUUGAUUUUGUGUGAGCCUUUGCGGUAGGAUGUUUUGCCUGCGUGUGCCAUUGCAGCUACAAGGUCAUGGCCAAUUUUACUUGGGCGAAUUGUUUACAUGGAGGAGGUCAAUGUGGUCUUGCUGCAUACUUUUAUGUGGAACGUAUAGGAUUAUAAUUUGCUGUAGUGUUCGAGGGAAGCGGCAUAGUGUAAAAUCCUUUUAUAUUUCAUUCUGUUGAAGCAAACCCACAUUCACCUAAUUAUUGUUAAGUUUGUCGAAAGCGUAGAAACCUUACAUUCAGAUUUAAGAGAAAACAAUCUUAUUUAACACUGAACAAGAAUUUUAAGUCUUUAGAGCUGUUGUGCAAAAAGCACACCUUUCAGGUGUUAGGACUUCGUGAAAGAUGAAGCCAAAAUUGUGUUCAUAAUUUGACACAAGUUAUUGCCUCGAUGUGCACUUUUAUAAAUAGUGCCUUCACUGAAGAAUGUUUGCUUUUAUGUCUAGACUUAUGUUUGCCUUCAAACAUAAGUCUUGAUUACAUUUCAGUAUAUUUUAUACAUGCAUUGUGUGCAAUGCUGUACACAAGUCUUAAAGUGUGAUAUAGUUAGUUUUUGCAGCUACUGUACUUGGAAGUCGCAUUGUCCUAUCUUUAAACAAAACUUCACAUUGGGAAGGUUUCAAAGUUUACUACACUUGCAUAAAGUAUGUUUACUUGAAGUAUGUAAGAGUAUUUCAUAGACUUUCAUGGUGAGAUUUCAGUUUUGAUUUGGUCGAGUGCUUCAUUUUUAACAUAACCCCAUUUUUACAAUAUGUAACCACUGCUGUAAUGCUUAGCGUUCAUUAUAAACCAAUAAUGCUACAUUCCAAAAUGUUUUUAAUGGCAGAGAAAUACGAGGGGAUAGACACUUAAUUAAAAAAACAAAGUCCCUUGGUAAUUUUGCUCUAAAACAAGCUAAUCUAUGGGCAAAAUAUAAAAAUGUAUCACACUAAUAGUUUAUCAUGCAUAUUAUUUCAGAAUUCUACAUCCACAUUCACGAAAUUAACAUGUCAAUUUUUUUAUAUGAAAAAUACAUCUUUACAAACGUAAUACUGAUUGACAAUCUACAGUUAGGCUUUUUUUAGGUGUUAUCUCAACGUUUUAACAGCGCUGUUAUUGUCGAGUACAUUUUUGCGUAAUUAACCAAAGCUAGGUUUUAUACAAAUGAAAAUGUGGCCAAAUCUUUUUGGGUCUUCCCUCCAACUCAGCACAUUAAUUGAAGUGCUGGCCUUUAAUGACAUGUGGCCCAAAAAAAA